AUGGCGACGUUGACGAGCGGGACAGCUGUGCAGCAGGCCAAGAAGCAGCUCAGGAAGCACGUCCAGCAACGGCUCAAGCAGCUGCCACCCGCGACCGUCCUCGCAGAAUCCCAGGCAGUGCUCGACAGACUCUUCGCAUCGCCAUACUACACCGCCGCCCAAUCCAUCUCGUGCUAUGUCUCGACACCGUCUGGCGAAGUCCAGACAGACUCGCUCAUCCUCCGCGCGCUCGACGAGGGCAAGCGCAUCUACAUCCCUUACUGCCCCAUAAACGACAAGACCAAGAUGCUCAUGCUGCGGUUGCGGGACAAGAGCCACUUCGAGGGGCUGAAGGAGAACCGCUGGGGAAUUCGCGAGCUGGAUCCGAGCGAGGUCGAUGGCCUAGAAGACGCCGCACACCCUCCUUCACCCGGACUCGACUUGAUUGUCGUCCCCGGUCUCGCCUUUGACCCGUACCGACGACGGCUAGGGCACGGCCGCGGAUAUUACGAUCGCUACAUCACCCAGUGUCUGGAUUAUCCGCAGAGGUUCAGCAAGAAGGCGCCUCCGACAGUUGCGCUCGCUCUGAAGGCUCAGCUGGUGCAGGACGGCGAGGAGAUUCCAACGAAUGAAUGGGACCGCCUGCCGGAUGUCCUCAUCACACCAGAUGGGCUGUACAAGUAG